UAUAAAGACAGAGAUCUACUGCGCGAACUCUGUUCCAUAAACCCUAACCUAACUUCCUCAUUUUCCCCAGAGAGUGAGGCAAUUAAGCUGAAAUCUUAGAAAUUCGAUACAAUCCGGGAUGGACAAGAGCAUGAUAGGAGAUCUGGAUUCACUUCCAGAGGAAGAUAAGAUGAGAAUGGCCACCAUGAUCGACCAGCUCCAGAUCCGCGACAGUUUGAGGAUGUAUAACUCACUUGUUGAGAGAUGCUUCAAUGAUUGUGUCGACACCUUUAAGCACAAAUCGCUGCAGAAGCAAGAGGAAACCUGUGUCAGGCGAUGUGCCGAGAAGUUCCUAAAGCAUUCCAUGCGUGUUGGCAUGAGGUUUGCAGAGCUCAACCAGGGAGCUGCAACACAAGAUUAGUCAUCAAAUCGGCAAGAGGUAGAGAGCGCGCCUUCAAUCCCGUCUUAGCCUGUUGGUGCCUUUUUUUUCUUGGAGAAUCUCCCCCUUCUUACAUAAAAAAUGGCAAGUGGUAGUCGUACCCAUUUUUCAUGAUUUCGUGUUUCUUAUCCAAGGGAAAACAGAAAAUUUGUAUUAUGCAGAAACACGGGAUCUGUAAGUUGCCGUCAGAUUAUAGUUUUUACUGUUACUAAUCCAAGCCGCAUAGCAAUCCUUGACUUCCUUAAUGUGAUCAAUAAAUUGCUUUCUUUUGAUAA